GUUGUGAACGCUUAGUGGAACACACCAUAAGUGAGGCGAAUUCGACAUGUUGGAAUGUUGGUGAUUUCUGUGAAUCCCCGGAAUACAUUCCAUCUCUUACAUUUCCGGUUUCACCAUCUGUCUGGUUUUAGUUUUGAAACUUUCUCUUUUGUUCUGUUCUUCUUUAGUGCUAGUACCCUGUUGGGAACCUGAUAAUUAUUCGGUAGAAACUAUAAUCGUUUGAAUACAAGUAGAAAAUUUCAAAUUAACCAAUAAUCAUUUCUUUAAGUUUUUUGGAAGAAUGUCUGACAACCAAGGAAAAAGUAACAACUGGGCUUGGAUACUAGGGACUGGAGUUGCAGCCCUAGCUGGAGCUGCCGUUGCUGCUGCUACUAUAAUGAAUAAUCAACCUGCUGAGUAUAGUCCUGUUCCUCGGAGACGUGUUAGGCAGGUUACAGGCCCAUCACUUCCCGGUUGUAAUGUUCCAUCACUUCCCGGUUGUAAUGUUCCAUCACUUCCGGGUUGUAUUAUUCCAUUUACGAACACCAACAUAGAAUUGCCAGAAAAAGAUCUCGAACAAGACUGGGAUGAUGCUUCUUCAACUUCAUCUGAUGGUAAUGAACAAGAGGGUCAGCCACAAAAAUGCUGUCAAAUAUGCCUUCGACAUUUGACUAAGGAGCCUGUUGAGGAUUUGGCAUGUCAGCAUCGUUUUCAUGAAACUUGCAUCAAAAAAUGGAUCAACAAGUCGCCGGAGUGUCCAACAUGCAGAAGACCAGUAACCUUACAGCAAUAAACCUUCAUUUAAUUAAUUUUCUACAAAAUAAAAUCAACGAAAACAAAAUUAUAUUUUUUCUCUGAUUUAUAAAAUAGAAAUGAUUGAAAUUUAAGAUGUAGAGAAUGAAUAAAAAAAAUACAUCA